AUGGAGGCGCGCAGUAGCCCAAAUGAAGGUAGCGAUGGAGGCGCGGCUACAAGCCCUGAAACCAGCAGCAGUGGUGAUAAUUUAGGUGGCAAAGGACUGCCGGCUACAAGUUCUGAAAUCAACAGCAGUAGCCCAAAUGAAGGUAGCGAUGGAGUCGCGGCUACAAGCCCUGAAACCAGCAGCAGUGGUGAUAAUUUAGGUGGCAAAGGACUGCCGGCUACAAGUUCUGAAAUCAACAGCAGUAGCCCAAAUGAAGGUAGCGAUGGAGGCGCGGCUACAAGCCCUGAAACCAGCAGCAGCGGUGAUAAUUUAGGUGGCAAAGGACUGCCGGCUACAAGUUCUGGAAUCAACAGCAGUAGGCCAAAUGAAGGUAGCGAUGGAGUCGUGGCUACAAGCCCUGAAACCAGCAGCAGUGGUAAUCAUUUAGGUGGCAAAGGACUGCCGGCUACAAGUUCUGAAAUCAACAGCAGUAGCCCAAAUGAAGGUAGCGAUGGAGUCGCGGCUACAAGCCCUGCAACCAGCAGCAGUGGUGAUAAUUUAGGUGGCAAAGGACUGCCUGCUACAAGUUCUGAAUACAACAGCAGUAGCCCAAAUGAAGGUAGCGAUGGAGUCGCGGCUACAAGCCCUGAAACCAGCAGCAGUGAUGAUAAUUUAGGUGGCAAAGGACUGCCUGCUACAAGUUCUGAAAUCAACAGCAGUAGCCCAAAUGAAGGUAGCGAUGAAGUCGCGGCUACAAGCCCUGAAACCAGCAGCAGUGGUAAUAAUUUAGGAGGCAAAGGACUGCCGGCUACAAGUUCUGAAAUCAACAGUAGUAGCCCAAAUGAAGGUAGCGAUGGAGUCGCGGCUACAAGCCCUGAAACCAGCAGCAGUGGUAAUAAUUUAGGUGGCAAAGGACUGCCGGCUACAAGUUCUGAAAUCAACAGCAGUAGCCCAAAUGAAGGUAGCGAUGGAGGCGCGGCUACAAGCCCUGAAACCAGCAGCAGUGGUGAUAAUUUAGGUGGCAAAGGACUGCCGGCUACAAGUUCUGAAAUCAACAGCAGUAGCCCAAAUGAAGGUAGCGAUGGAGGCGCGGCUACAAGCCCUGAAACCAGCAGCAGCGGUGAUAAUUUAGGUGGCAAAGGACUGCCGGCUACAAGUUCUGGAAUCAACAGCAGUAGGCCAAAUGAAGGUAGCGAUGGAGUCGUGGCUACAAGCCCUGAAACCAGCAGCAGUGGUAAUCAUUUAGGUGGCAAAGGACUGCCGGCUACAAGUUCUGAAAUCAACAGCAGUAGCCCAAAUGAAGGUAGCGAUGGAGUCGCGGCUACAAGCCCUGCAACCAGCAGCAGUGGUGAUAAUUUAGGUGGCAAAGGACUGCCUGCUACAAGUUCUGAAUACAACAGCAGUAGCCCAAAUGAAGGUAGCGAUGGAGUCGCGGCUACAAGCCCUGAAACCAGCAGCAGUGAUGAUAAUUUAGGUGGCAAAGGACUGCCUGCUACAAGUUCUGAAAUCAACAGCAGUAGCCCAAAUGAAGGUAGCGAUGAAGUCGCGGCUACAAGCCCUGAAACCAGCAGCAGUGGUAAUAAUUUAGGAGGCAAAGGACUGCCGGCUACAAGUUCUGAAAUCAACAGUAGUAGCCCAAAUGAAGGUAGCGAUGGAGUCGCGGCUACAAGCCCUGAAACCAGCAGCAGUGGUAAUAAUUUAGGAGGCAAAGGACUGCCGGCUACAAGUUCUGAAAUCAACAGUAGUAGCCCAAAUGAAGGUAGCGAUGGAGUCGCGGCUACAAGCCCUGAAACCAGCAGCAGUGGUGAUAAUUUAGGUGGCAAAGGACUGCCGGCUACAAGUUCUGAAAUCAACAGUAGUAGCCCAAAUGAAGGUAGCGAUGGAGGCGCGGCUACAAGCCCUGAAACCAGCAGCAGUGGUGAUAAUUUAGGUGGCAAAGGACUGCCUGCUACAAGUUCUGAAUACAACAGCAGUAGCCCAAAUGAAGGUAGCGAUGGAGUCGCGGCUACAAGCCCUGAAACCAGCAGCAGUGGUGAUAAUUUAGGUGGCAAAGGACUGCCUGCUACAAGUUCAGAAAUCAACAGCAGUAGCCCAAAUGAAGGUAGCGAUGAAGUCGCGGCUACAAGCCCUGAAACCAGCAGUAGUGGUAAUAAUUUAGGAGGCAAAGGACUGCCUGCUACAAGUUCUGAAAUCAUCAGCAGUAGCCCAAAUGAAGGUAGCGAUGGAGUCGCGGCUACAAGCCCUGAAACUAGCAGCAGUGGUGAUAACUUAGGAGGCAAAGGACUGCCGGCUACAAGUUCUGAAAUCAACAGUAGUAGCCCAAAUGAAGGUAGCGAUGGAGUCGCGGCUACAAGCCCUGAAACCAGCAGCAGUGGUGAUAAUUUAGGUGGCAAAGGACUGCCGGCUACAAGUUCUGAAAUCAACAGUAGUAGCCCAAAUGAAGGUAGCGAUGGAGGCGCGGCUACAAGCCCUGAAACCAGCAGCAGUGGUGAUAAUUUAGGUGGCAAAGGACUGCCUGCUACAAGUUCUGAAUACAACAGCAGUAGCCCAAAUGAAGGUAGCGAUGGAGUCGCGGCUACAAGCCCUGAAACCAGCAGCAGUGGUGAUAAUUUAGGUGGCAAAGGACUGCCUGCUACAAGUUCAGAAAUCAACAGCAGUAGCCCAAAUGAAGGUAGCGAUGAAGUCGCGGCUACAAGCCCUGAAACCAGCAGUAGUGGUAAUAAUUUAGGAGGCAAAGGACUGCCUGCUACAAGUUCUGAAAUCAUCAGCAGUAGCCCAAAUGAAGGUAGCGAUGGAGUCGCGGCUACAAGCCCUGAAACUAGCAGCAGUGGUGAUAACUUAGGAGGCAAAGGACUGCCGGCUACAAGUUCUGAAAUCAACAGUAGUAGCCCAAAUGAAGGUAGCGAUGGAGUCGCGGCUACAAGCCCUGAAACCAGCAGCAGUGGUGAUAAUUUAGGUGGCAAAGGACUGCCGGCUACAAGUUCUGUAAUCAACAGCAGUAGCCCAAAUGAAGGUAGCGAUGGAGUCGCGGCUACAAGCCCUGAAACUAGCAGCAGUGGUGAUAACUUAGGAGGCAAAGGACUGCCGGCUACAAGUUCUGAAAUCAACAGUAGUAGCCCAAAUGAAGGUAGCGAUGGAGUCGCGGCUACAAGCCCUGAAACCAGCAGCAGUGGUGAUAAUUUAGGUGGCAAAGGACUGCCGGCUACAAGUUCUGAAAUCAUCAGCAGAAGCCCAAAUGAAGGUAGUGAUGGAGUCGCGGCUACAAGCCCUGAAACUAGCAGCAGUGGUGAUAACUUAGGAGGCAAAGGACUGCCGGCUACAAGUUCUGAAAUCAACAGUAGUAGCCCAAAUGAAGGUAGCGAUGGAGUCGCGGCUACAAGCCCUGAAACCAGCAGCAGUGGUGAUAAUUUAGGUGGCAAAGAACUGCCUGCUACAAGUUUUGAAAUCAACAGCAGUAGCUCAAAUGAAGGUAGCGAUGGAGUCGCGGCUACAAGCCCUGAAACCAGCAGCAGUGCAGUAGCCCAAAUGAAGGUAGCGAUGGAGUCGCGGCUACAAGCCCUGCAAUCAGCAGCAGUGAUGAUAAUUUAG